AUGUUCAAGCGGAUGUUCGGCGGCGGGAAGGGCGCGGGCGGCGGCGCGCCGCCGCCGCCGUCCUCCGCGGCGCCGAGGAACACGCCGCUGAGCGCGGUCGAGCAGCUGAAGGACACGCUCGCGAUGCUGGAGAAGCGCGAGGCGCUGCUGCACAAGAAGAUGGCAGCCGAGCUACAAAAGGCGAAGGAGUUUAACCGGCAAAAGAAAAAGAGCGCGGCGUUGCAGUGCCUGAAGAAGAAGAAGCUCUACGAGACGCAGAUUGAAAACUUGCAGAACCACCAGCUGAAGCUCGAGGAGCAGGUGAUCACGCUGGAAGGGAGCAAGACGACCGCGGAGACGUUCAGCGCGCUCAAGAACGGCGCGGGGGCGAUGAAACAGAUCAGCAGGCGCACCAACAUCGACAACAUCGACAAGGUCAUGGAUGACAUCAACGAGCAGUCGGAGAAGAUGCGCCAGGUCCAGGAGGCGCUCGGGCAGCCGGUCGGGUACAGCGCGGAUCUGGACGAGGACGAGCUCGACGCGGAGCUCGCGGAGUUGGAGGCGGAGGAUCUCCUCGAGGAGGAGCUCGCGCCGCCGGCGACGGCGCCGGCGACGGCGGCGGCGGCGGCGCCGCGAAAGGUUGUCGCGCCCGCCGCGCCCGCGGCGCGGCCGGCGCCGGCGGUCGCCGCGGCGAUGCCGGCGAUGCCGUCCGUCCCGGGGAAGAGCUCCGAGGACGAGGAGCUGGAGGCGUUGCAGCGGGAGAUGGAGCUGUUAUCGUAG